AUAGAGAUUUUUGAGCUUUAAGUCUGAGGGGAACUCAGCGGGCCUGGUUGGCGUCCGUCUGCAAUGAACAUCAAGAAACCAUCGUGCUGUGGAAACGGAAUUGUUUUUCUCCCUUUUUGAGAGAUCUUUCCUUUUGAUGCCAGUUUUCUUCCUUGUUUACACAAGUUCAACAAUUUGAAAGGGAAAGGCGAUUGUAAGGGUUUCAAAAUGGCAGAGAAAUUUGAAAGUCUUAUGAACAUUCAUGGUUUUGAUCUGGGCUCUAGGUACAUGGACUUAAAACCGUUGGGCUGUGGAGGCAAUGGCUUGGUUUUUUCCGCUGUCGACAAUGACUGUGACAAAAGAGUAGCCAUCAAGAAAAUUGUCCUCACCCAUCUCCAGAGCGUCAAACAUGCUCUCCGUGAAAUCAAAAUUAUUAGAAGACUUGACCAUGAUAACAUUGUGAAAGUGUUUGAAAUUCUUGGUCCCAGUGGAAGCCAGUUAACAGACGAUGUGGGCUCUCUCACAGAGCUGAACAGCGUCUACAUUGUUCAGGAGUACAUGGAGACAGACUUGGCGAACGUGCUAGAGCAGGGCCCUUUACUGGAAGAGCAUGCCAGGCUUUUCAUGUAUCAGCUGCUACGUGGGCUCAAGUAUAUCCAUUCUGCAAAUGUACUGCACAGAGAUCUCAAGCCAACUAAUCUCUUCAUUAACACUGAAGACUUGGUGCUGAAGAUAGGUGACUUUGGUCUGGCACGGAUCAUGGAUCCUCAUUAUUCCCAUAAGGGUCAUCUUUCUGAAGGAUUGGUUACCAAAUGGUACAGAUCUCCACGACUUUUACUUUCUCCUAAUAAUUAUACUAAAGCCAUUGACAUGUGGGCUGCAGGCUGCAUCUUUGCUGAAAUGCUGACUGGUAAAACCCUCUUUGCAGGUGUACAUGAACUUGAACAGAUGCAGCUGAUCUUAGAAUCUAUUCCGAUUGUGCAUGAGGAAGAUUGUGUCCCUUGA